UGGACAUGCACUAAGUGCAAUAUCAAUCUUUGUACUCAAUGUUAUAUGGACGAUUACCAUGAUGUUGAACACAUUUUUGAAAGAACCGUCACUUCAGAAUCAAGACGAUUCAAAGUCAGAUCAAGAAAAGACUCAACAGAAAAGAUUGCUGCAAAAGGAAUUUUUGAAGGAGCAGAAGUUGUUGGCGGACCAUACUUGACCAGGAACGAUGACCAUAAUAAUGAUGUCGGAUAUGUGGAGCAAAUCACAAAUUGGAAAAAUAAAUAUCAACGAGGUAUUGUAAAAGUUUUUUGGAAAAACACCGAAGUAGAAAAUAUUCAUCGUUUGGGAGCUGAAGGAUGUGUUGAUAUAGUUUGCAGUAGACUAACAGAAAAUGCAACAUGUGGAAAUUACUACCCAGAUCAUCUUCCAGUAAUUGGUAGGAUUUUACUUUAUUUUAGAAAUAUCAUAAAAGAUUAA